CACAGGGCAAAUUUUUUACAAUUUAGGGCUAUUUUUUGCCGCUGAUGGCGCUUGUAAAAUUUUUUUUAUAUAGAUUUUACAUACAAAAGCCUCACAAGCACUGACAGUGGAGAAAAAAAGCCCUAAAUUGUAAUGCCCUGUGAAUUGGACUGCGGUAUUUUUCUUUUUUGAUCUCUAAGCGAACGACAACUUACGAAUACUUACUUUGUUGUUUAUAAAAAAAAACUUGAUUCACUUUUAUUUACUGAAUUAUUAUUAGAUAAAGAGUGCUAUUUAAUAAACAGUUACAAGUGAAAAUGCCAAAAUUUCCAUUACAUGCUGCAUCUGGAACUGGGGUUUUCACUGAUUGGCAUAGAAAAGUAAUAAGACUUGCACGUUAUGGAUGUGCAAAUCGGCCUUUUUAUCAUAUUGUUGUUAUGAACUCAAAAGCGGAUCCAAAGACACCGCCUAUCGAACAGCUCGGUACAUACGAUCCAAAGGUUAAUCAAUACAAUGAAAAACUUGUGUCAUUUAAUUCAGAAAGAAUAAUGUUUUGGCUCGGUCAAGGAAAUUGUGACAUAAGUCCUCCUGUUGAAGAAAUUUUUGGUCUUGCUGGAUUUUUGCCGAUUCAUCCAAGAACCUACAUUAAGGCCUGGCGAAAUCGCAAAGACAUAGAGAAAAAAGAAAAAAAAGCCGAUGACGAAGCAGCUGAAGCACUAAAUAAUGUCCAGUCUAAUUGAAAAAAAUACAAUAACUAAAUGAAUUCUAGAAUUUACUUAUCAUUAUUAAACUCCUUUGUAAAUGUAUAUACAAUCAGUAAAUUUUCAUAUUAAAUGUUAUUAAUAAUA